ACCUUCCAGUAUGUUAGGUACAUUUCUUUUUUCAGUCCUAAUUCUGUUUGUUGAAAAACAACAUACUUAUAAGGACCAUAUGUUAUAACCAUUUUAAUAGGUUAAUCUUUUCAAGCAGUGUUGUUGCUGACAAGUUGUUACAAUUUACUUUCCUCCUUCCAGAACUUUUAUUUACUUGUAUCAGUUCGAUCACAAUUCUGUUUCCUCCAUGUGCAAGUAUACCAGGCCUAAUGUUUUUACAGGUAGUUCACACUAAAUGUGUGUAUCUACAUAUUACGGUAUAUAUUAAUGUAUUACAUGUAUUUACAUACUUGAGGGGAAGUGGAUUUCACUGACCGGUGUGUUUAGUCAUAAGUGGUGUGUAUUUGUCCGAUCAUGUAUAUUACAUCCAGGAGUAACUUAAAGAUGUACAUAUUAACAAAUUGCCAGUUUUAUGAUGGAUAUGCAGAUUUUGUUUGUUUGUUUAUUGAGGCGAGUUAAUGGCUCUACGUGAAACUUUUCCUUACUUCCUGCAUAUGAAAAUCUACAGGGAAAGAAAAGACAUGGACUUGUCAAGUGUUUGAUUCAGAUGUUAAUUUUAUAAACCUUGCAAUUGACUUAAAAAAAAAACUAUAAGGUGUUUACGGCAAGUUUCUUAAAUCUGUGUUACUUUUGACUUGUGAUAAAAACAGACAUUUUAUUUGGACUUCUCUUCAUUUGCCUUUAUUAAUCAUUAGAUUUGUGGCUCUGCCUUGCAAUCAAUCUAAUUUUCUUGUCUGUGGAAUUUUGAUUAUCUCACCUGAACUAUUUUACCGUUGUUUUAUUAUCAAUCAUCAAGAAAUUCUCUCCCUGGAUUUACAAUGAGUGGGAAUGUUGUGAAUGUUCCGGAUGAUAUCCAGCUGAUUGACGUUGAGGGAUCCACGGAUCAGGCCAAACAGCAAAUGAUCAAUGAAAAAGCAACUCUGGUUUUUCGAGAUGGCAAGAGGAAGAUCGACUACGUCCUGGCGUAUGAGCCGGAGGACAAUGAGGACCUAAAGAAAGAGCAGCGACGGAACACGUUUGAGAAGAACCUGAUAGAAGAGGGCUUGGAACUAGAGCAUGAAGGGAAAGAGACGUCCAAAAAUGGCAAGACUUGCUUCACCAAGGUCCAUGUUCCCUGGGAGACGAUGUUACGAUACGCUGAACUGCUGAAUGUCAAAAUGCCGCUGGCUGUGAACGACAUGGAGACUCAGUUAGAGAGCUGCUUUGAAAACUGUUGGAAGAAGUUCCCUUCUCCAUUUGAGUUGGACGAGGACCUGCUCCCAGAGGAGCCAAACUACUUCACUGCUCCAUUCAACAGAUCUAGGAUGGACCAAUAUAUCGGUGUGGAAUAUAUCGACAAGGAGUUUGUCAUCAAGGACAAAGAUACCUUCUUCACACACGCUCAGAGGAGCAAGAUCUGCUAUGAGAUACUUUCUCGUGCUCACUUUUUGGAUUUGGAUGAUGAUGAUGACAAAUUCAACAAGAAGUUUGGAGUCAGAAAACUAGUGGACAACCAGACCUAUAAUGCUGCCUAUCCUCUCCACGAUGGUCGAUACCACAGCGAUCACUCCCUUCUGACCGUGGGGAAGGACAAUGACAGACAUUUGCUGUAUGAACUGUGGGCUAGGCCAGGAAGGUGGUACAAGUAUCAGCCACUCGACCAAAUCAGGGGUUACUUUGGUGAAAAGGUGGGGAUAUAUUUUUCAUGGCUUGGUUUCUAUACCUCCAUGUUGAUUCCGGUAGCCAUUGCUGGUGUGGUAGCCUUUAUCUAUGGACUGGCCACCAUAAUGGACGAUGUUCCCAGCACGGAGAUUUGUGAGGACCCAGUCAUCAGUAACUACACGAUGUGUCCGAUGUGUGACCAGCGCUGCUCCUACUGGCAUCUGUCGGACAGCUGUACCUACUCCAGGGCCACCUACCUGUUCGACAAUCCCGCCACUGUCUGCUUCGCUAUUGUUAUGGCAUUGUGGGCCUCCUUUUUCCUGGAGUUUUGGAAGCGCAGGCAGGCAGAGAUCGAGUACGAGUGGGAUGUGGCUGAUUUUGAGGAAGGGGAGGAAACUGUUAGACCUGAGUAUGAGGCUAGUGUAUCAAGGAGAAGGACCAACCCAGUAACCAAUAGAGAGGAGCCAUAUGUACCAGGUUGGAGCAAAGGUUUCCGGUAUUUCACCAGCUUCAGUAUAUUGUUGUUCUUUUUGGCAUUAGUACUAGCGGCCGUGUUUUCAGUGAUCUUGUACCGGAUUGUGAUGUCGGCCAUUUUGUACGGUAACUCUGAGAGCAUCAUCAAGACACGGGCCAGCUUCAUCUCCUCCAUCUCGGCCGCCUGCAUCAACUUGGUCAUCAUCCUCAUCCUCAAUAUGUUCUACCAAAGAGUGGCCUAUUUCCUGACUGAGCUUGAACAACACCGUACUCUGACAGAAUGGGAGGAUGCCUUCACCUUCAAGAUGUUUCUGUUCCAAUUUGUCAACUUCUAUUCCUCCAUUUUCUACAUUGCCUUCUUCAAGGGGAAAUUUGUUGGGAGACCUGGUGAUUACAAUCGUAGUCUGCUGGACAAGCGGCAGGAGGAGUGUGAUCCGUCGGGCUGUCUGAUAGAGCUAUGUAUACAACUGGGAAUCGUGAUGGUUGGCAAACAGAUCAUCAACAACGUCAAAGAGAUCCUCAUCCCGAAGUUGAUGGUGUGGUUCCGAUCGCGGCAGUCGCUGAAGGAGACGUCGGAGGAGAAGGUAUACUCGCGCUGGGAGCAAGAUUACAACCUGGCCAGUAUGCCCGCACUCGGACUGUUUGAUGAGUACCUGGAGAUGGUGAUCCAGUAUGGGUUUGUGACCAUCUUUGUGGCAGCUUUCCCCCUAGCCCCACUGUUUGCUCUGUUGAACAAUGUGAUAGAGAUUCGAGUGGACGCUUACAAGUUUACCACUCAGUGGAAGAGACCCCUAGCGGAACGAGCCCAGGAUAUAGGUAUUUGGUUUGGAAUCCUAAGAGGAAUUUCUGCCAUUGCUGUAAUCUCAAAUGCUGCUAUCAUUGCCUUUACUUCGGAGUUUAUUCCUAAGCUGGUGUACUUGUAUGGAUACAGUCCGGAUCAGACUCUAUCCGGAUAUACUAACUUCAGUCUAUCCGAGUUCAAAGUUCAGUACUUUGCCCCCCAGAGUGUUCCAGAUGACCCCAAAAUGGAAAUCUUUGGAAAUGUAACACAGUGCAGAUACCGUGGAUACUUUGCGGACGACCCGAGUAGUCCUGGGGAGUACAAGUAUACGAUGGCCUACUGGCACAUCUUGGCCGCCAAACUGGCCUUUGUUGUCGUUUUUGAGAACCUGGUGGUGUUUUGCACCUGGCUGGUGAUGUACCUGGUUCCCGACAUGCCCUACAAGGUCAAGCUCCAGAUGCUGCGCGAGAACUUCCUGGCCAAGGAAGCGCUGUUUAGUGCCGACUCAAUCCAGAAACAGCGGGAACGGAAAAAUGCCUCAAGUAAUUAGUGGUCAACUAACGACGCAGCCAUCGUUUAGUGGUUCAUGAACAAUGCAGCCAGCGAUGAGUGGUUAAUUGAUAAUUAUCAACUCGUACGUGGAGGGAACAAAAAUAGCCAACAAUUAAUUGACUAGUUGUUAUUAGUUAAUCAGAUAGUAGCUGAAAGGAACCCAACAGCAAACAAUUAGUGAAAUAUUUGAUUAUCAGCUUAUAAUUUGAAAGGAACAUAUUUCGUGUAUGUAGGCUGAUUGUGGAACUGCAAAGCAUUGUUUAUUCAUACAAAAUGUACAGUACAGUUUAUCAAGCUUAGUAUAAAUAUUUGGUUCUGAUCUUUAAGUUAUGAAUCUGAUGUGGUCAAGUUUUGCUCAAACAAAAACAGCAGAAGAAGAAUGUCUAAAUGUACGUGUAAAUGUAGAUGGCAGACUUCUCGUGUCAUCCGACAUGACUUUCCAGGGUAGGGUGUUUGGACGCAAGUUGUUUUGGUACUUUGAUGGUGCUUUUCCGGAUGUUUGGUUAUUUCUCUUGGAAUACUAUGAUGAUGUGGCAUGUUUUUGAUGCAUUGAAUCCCUUUUGAGGGAAGAUUUCAUACAUGUCAGAUAAUAGUUCAGUGUUCCUUGUAUUCGGAACUAAAUCGAGACAGCUUUAACAUUUUGAACAAAAUAUAGUUUUGUCAAUGAUACAGAAUGUGUCAAAUUUUGUGUUUAUUUUUUAACAAAGUUUUUUAAUUUUUGUUCAUAUUAACUGAAGGUUUUUCAUGUUAUAACCUUGACAUCUGAACAUUUCAUGACCUUGACCUCUGGGAACAAACUGUUAUAAUUUAUGAUUUUUUUUUUACCUUAAUUCUUUGACCACCAAAUAUGCUACAUUUUUGGAAGUAAAUUAAGGAUUUUGUUUUAUUCAAGUUGAGCAAAAGAAAAACAUUUCUGAAAUAUAUUUUUCUGAUAUUUACGUUGCUAGAAACAUUAUUUGCAUAUUGAAAAAAAAAUAGCUCAAAAUCACAAAUUAAAUGAAUGCAAUGUUUAGGUAUAAAUAUAAUUCAAUAUCAGAAUAUAUUUCUUGUUUAUAAAUUCCCAGUACAUAUAAUGUAUUUAAAAAUAAUUUUGUAGCCUAGCAAUUGUAUAAUUCAUUUUAGUGUUUUGAAAUCUUGUAAGUAUAUAUAAAUAUAGUGUACCUUAUAAAGUAUAACUAUUGCAGUUUGCUUCUGAUAUGACAGGUUGUCAGAAAAGGCUUUCAAGCAAACAUUUUUUUUUGAUUUAUGGAGAUUGACAGAGAACACAUUCUCAUUUGCUGUUCUUUUUUUUCAAUUAUUGAUAAUAUUUAUGAACUCAAGGGAACUAUAUCAUAAUGGGAUUGUUUUGAAUAUUAAGCUGUUCCUUUUCCAUGUUGACAUAAUUAUGUUGUCUGCUCUUAAGAUUUUUUUUUUUUGCGUGGAAACUGUCAAUCGUUGAAAUAGUUAAAUGUUUCCAAAAGAUCUGUAAAAUUUGAACAACCCACUGACAGAAAUUUAAAUCAAUGCUAAGUUGUAGCAGACCUUUCUUGCUAUGUAACAAGUUGGCGUUCUUGUGCAAUAUUUCUUACUGAUAUAGAUGUUGUUUUUGUAUUGUCCAUUUAAUUGUCCUAAAACUGUAAAAUUACAUAUUGUAUUACAAUAAUAUUCUCUUUGACAAUGUAAUUAAAUCAACUUUACUUUGUAACAUUGAUACUACUGGCAAAAAAUCUAUACAACUUGAUCAAUCAGACUUUGGAAAAGGCAAUCAGAAAUGGAUGGCUAAUUCAGCAUUCAAUUUAAAAGUUGACAGUCAUAACAUUAUACCUAUACUUACACAAUCACAACAGGCCUUAGUAAGUCGACUGAUCCACAGGGUUUUAUAUCUGACUAGUAUUAGUUCAGGGAGUUCUCUUUUUAACUUUUGUGUUACUCAGAUAUAUUUUUUCUAGUUUUUGGUACUUUAACUAUUAUAGUAUGUACACAUGCCUUACUUAUGUGCUUCCAUCACAGUUCUGCAGUCUAAAUAGCACAUGUAACCAUUCUCUCUAUAUUGCACAGCCAUGUACAGUACGUGUAACCAGAGCCUCAAACAGGUGUACUUCAAGCUUUACACGUACACCUGACAUUUCCGUAACUUUCUUUGGGGCAUUAAGAUUAAAUUCACUGACAAAAAUUUUCACAAUUCUUGAUAUUAUCAUGGAAACUUAAGAACUAGCACCAUGACAAAAAUUCCUUACGGUGAAUGGUGAGAAUUGUUUUUUGUUUUGUUUUGUUUUGUUUGUUUGUUUGGUUUUUUUUUUUUUUUUUUUUUUUGGGGGGGGGGGGGGUUAGAUGUAUACAAAUAUGUCAAAUGAUUGUACCCCUCAUCAAAUGAUUGCUGAUCAGAAUUAAAGCUAAUUAAAAUUUGGGCAUCUACAAACAUUAGGCAACAUUUUUUCUCAAUGAAACAUCACAUUUUAUGGUUUGUUUGUUACAGAAUCUAUCAUUACAAUAGUGUAUACAAUGUAUACAUGUAUGUCUGUUCAGUCAUUCAAAACAUAUUGUGUAGUACUUUAGUUUAAAUUCUAACACAUGAACAAAUCAUACAAAAACAUGCAGUUAUGUUUGGUUUUCAUAAUCAAUCACAGAUUCAUUUUAGUCUCAGUUCUUUAAAAAUUUCCUCUAGAAUAUUAUACAAUGUAUGAAUUCAAAUUCUAUAUAAAUGUGUAGUACAUUUGUACGUUAUAUGGUCAUAUACUUAGUUUAGCUACAGUUUAUGUAGUUGUACCAUGGAAACUGUUUAUAUUAGUGAAUUAAUUAACGUUAUGGUCCAUAAACUCUUUUGAUUAUGCCCCUUGGGGUUUUUUUUUAAUACAGUGCAUGAAGUACAUGUGUGUAGAAUGUAAUAUACAUGUUAUGUGUAGAUUUGUACUAUUUACAACAUUAUUUUGUUAUUAAAGUUUCAGUAAACAAAUGAU